CUUGCCAAACUCAUGUCAUCGCUCCAUUUGCCUAGAAUAUCAGCGUGGAUUCCUGCUGCGUCUUGUUAGCGAAUGGAAACUCCACAUGAAAUGCAUCCUGAAUGACCCAUCUAUCCGACAUAUCCGUUUACCUGCGCGAAGCGCACAUCUUCGAGCUUGUGCCCGCAUAACUGCACUGCACCAUGUCCGGCUCACUCAGCCGGUCAGUUUCCUUGAGUCCCCUUGAUCCGAGUCCCCCCAGCCAGCCGGUGUCGGGAUCACCGCCCAAACUCACAAGCUUACCUAAAGACACAAGGCAACUCGCGGAUCUAACUAUUUCUCCACUGAAGAUAUUCGUGUCGGCCAAGAAGCGAAUCAAUGAUGUAUUCGUGGGAAUACAGGGAUACGUGGAAGAAAGCCACGCCUUUCUUGCAGCCCUCAAUUCUGGUAUGGAAGCAUUCAAGGCUGAAGACUGUUCUGAGGUGGAAAAGUUCAAAGUCAAGAUUACUGGCAUUCGAGAUGUCUUGUCACGUGAUCACAUGAAGGUCGUCUUCUUUGGCAGGACCAGCAAUGGGAAGAGCACAGUAAUCAACUCCAUGCUACAAGAUAAAAUUUUGCCCAGUGGUUUGGGACACACCACAAAUUGCUUUCUUCAAGUAGAAGGAUCAGACAGCUCUGAAGCAUAUCUGUUGACUGAGGACUCCAGUGAGCCGAAGAAUGUAGAGUCUGUGCUGCAGCUCGCCAAUGCACUAAACUCUGAAUCACUUGGCGAGAGUGCACUGGUAAGGAUCUUCUGGCCGAAGGACAGAUGCAAUCUUCUGCGUGAUGAUGUAGUUCUCGUUGACAGCCCUGGCAUCGAUGUGUCCCCAAAUCUUGAUUUGUGGAUUGACAAGCACUGCUUGGAUGCUGAUGUGUUUGUGCUUGUGGCGAACGCUGAGUCUACUUUGAUGGUUACUGAAAAGAACUUCUUUCACAAGGUCAGCGAGCGCCUUUCGAAGCCAAACAUAUUCAUCCUUAACAAUCGCUGGGAUGCAUCAGCGUCAGAGCCGGAGAUCAUUGAGAAGGUACGAAAACAACACCUGGAGCGAAACCUUGCAUUCUUGGUGGACGAGUUGAAAGUUGCCAAUCGCCAGCAAGCUGAGGACAGGGUGUUCUUCGUGUCGGCACGGGAGGUCCUCAAUGCCAGGCUGCGCAAGCAGCAGGGCCUACCCCAGCAUUCGGGCAUAGGUCUUGCCGAAGGGUUCCAAGGGAGGUACUUCGAAUUUCAAGACUUUGAGAGGAAAUUUGAGGAGUGUCUUUCCAAGUCUGCGGUAAAAACGAAGUUUGAGCAGCACACACAAAGAGGGGAGAAGAUCACAAGUGAGCUACGAGCCAUCAUGGACAAAGUUUACGAGCAGGCAUCAUUGCUCAAGACAGAAAAGCAGACCCUUCGGCGUGAGCAAUGGGAGAGGCUGCAGUUCACGCAGCAGCAGCUGCAGCUACUGACGGAGGAGGCGAAGCAGCGCAUCGGGCAGCUAGUAGAGCAAGUGGAGCAGCAGGUGGCUGGCGCCCUGAGCGAGGAGAUCCGCCGGCUGGAGCUGCUGGUUGGCGAGUUCGAGCGACCCUUCCACCCAGACCCGCUGGUGCUGGGUGUGUACAAGCGCGAGCUGCACGCCUACGUCGAGCGCGGCCUUGGAUGCAACCUGCGUGCCCGCCUGUCAACUACCCUGCAGAUGUCCGUCGAAAAUGCCCAGAAGGAGAUGACUGGUCGGAUGUCAUCGCUGAUACCAUCGGAGCAGCAGCCACAGAUGCUCAACGUUCUGCCGCGGCACAAUUUCGAGGUCCUGUAUCGGAUCAACUGUGAGAGCCUCUGCUGCGACUUCCAAGAAGACCUGCAGUUUCGCUUUUCAUUUGGCCUGGCCAACAUGAUUAAGUUCUUCACGCAACACCGGAAGGUGGACCCGGCCACAGGCGUCAGCUACUCGAACACGAUUCCAAGGCCGCAGCUGAGCACACCGCAGACCCCGAGCAACGAGAUCAAAGUGUUCCCGGCAGCUCCUCCGGACUACCUGGGCAUAGUGCACAAGUUGGCUGUGGUCUCCCCAACACCUCAGACUGCUCUUGGCGUGCUAACAGUCGGAGGAUGUAUGGUUCGUGCAAUUGGGUGGAAGGUGAUCGCAGUGGCGCUGGGGACGUACGGGGCACUCUACCUUUUUGAGCGGCUCACAUGGACCAAUCGGUCAAAGGAACGUUGCUUCAAGCGCCAGUAUGUGCAGCAUGCCACUCGAAAGUUGCGCCUAAUCGUUGACCUCACCAGCGCCAACUGCUCUCAUCAAGUGCAGCAGGAACUGUCAAGCACAUUUGCACGCCUGGGACAUGUGGUGGACGAAGUGGUGAAUGAUAUGGAUGCAGACAUCAAAAAGCUGGACAAGGAGAUCGCCAAGAUGGAGGAGGCCACAACCAAUGCCAGAACAUUGAGGAACAAGGCUGGUUAUUUGAUGAGCGAACUGGAGACCUUCUCACAACAAUACCUCCAAUAUGAUCAGUAGAGUAUGGAGACAUCAUUUGGCACUGGUCUUUAGUCUUCUGUUGGCCCUGACGAAAGCACCUUCUCGAAUUUCUUUGAGAAGGAAAUGUUGACAAGCAUGCAUGAUGUUCAAUUUCAAGUCACCUUCUGUUUGUUUUUUGCCUUGCACAAUUUUAUCGUUAAUAUAGUUUGAAUGAUUGAAGUCAGGCUAUGAAUGGAUUGCAACAAAUACAUCAAUUUGCUGUAAAAAUUAGUAUGCAAAUUUAAUGCACUAUUAACAGUUUUCAUAAUGAAGUUGGAAAUUUCUUGUUUCCUCAUAUUGCAUGCAAGUUGCUUAUGUCAGACGCCAGCAUUAUGUAGUUUAUUUGCGCUAGAUGGCUGUGAUUCUUCACUCUACAUCUGUUGUUUAAGCAUGCCAAGAAGAGCUCUAUUGCCUUUGUUGCCAUCUGUGUUUCGUAGGCCUGUUCUUUUUUUUUUUUCUUAGAGCAUGCAUCAGUUGUUGGAGAAUGGCUGGUUAUUGUAGGUAUUUUGCUGUGCAUGCACGGAAAUGAUUCAAGGAACAUUAUUCUUGUUCAGACUGAUUUGUAUUGUGCAAUAAAUAAAGCUGGAAAGCACAUCUCUAUUCUACGAAACUGCA